GUGUGUUCAUCCGGAGAAGGCGCUGUUGCCGUAGAGGAGAAAUCGAUCCGCGCCCAGGGAAUCGCUGUCUCAUGCCUUCUUUGCUGCCAAUUCUCUCCUACGACGUUCCGAUUCAAGGGGAAAUCCCUCCUCUAGCGUCCAAUGAGAGCUCCUCCAUCGUCUUCCGCGGCGAGCAGCACUGCAGCAGCAGUAGCAGCGUGUUGAAGAAGCACACCACAGUCUGCCGGGAGCUCCCGGAGAAGAAGAAGAAGCAUGUCAAGGCCGCCCAGGGCGGUGUGAAGAGCCACGGCGAGGGAUCGGGCGGCCAUAGCCAUCCUCUCGCAGAAUCGGUGGUGUCGGACAGUGGCGAUGCCGGCGAGGGCGUCGCCAAGGCCCAGGCGGUGGCCGAGGCCGUCAAGGUUAUGAAGAAGGCGGUGUUUGCGAUCCAAAUGGCCCUCUACAAUGGCCUGAGGAGCGAUUUCCAGCUCAAAGCCGCGACUUGCCUUCUCACACAGAGCGAGUACGCGGACGUGGUUACCGAGCGAAGCAACGACAAGCAAUGUGGAUUCCCGCUGUGUCCAAACUCGCUCAAGGUGGAGAAGGCGAGAAAGGGGCGGUACCACAUAUCACUUCGCGAGCACAAAGUCUACGACCUGGAAGAGACCCGAGCGUUUUGCUCCACCGGGUGUGCCGUGAGCAGCAAGACUUAUGCGGCGAGUCUUCCGUCCAACCAUGAAGGGAUCAUGGAGCACCAGAAGCUGGAGGAGAUCAUAGCUUGCGUUCGUGGUCUCAGCUUAGCCACCACCGCCACCACCGCCACCACUACGGUGCCCGCCGCCGCUAGUGCGGGUAAGAUGAGUGCCUCGGCCCAAGACAGCGACGGAGUGGUGGUCCGGGAACGCACCGACUGUGAGCCCGGUGACCUCGAGUUCCAGCUCUCUCGUUCCGCCUCCAUCGAAGGAUAUGUUCCACGGGCUAAGCCGCAAGUUCAGAUAAACGACUCAUCCAAGCCUUUGAAGUCCGCUAUGAAGCAGUCGCCACGAAAGAAUCAGCGCAUCACUUGGGCCGAUGAGAUCCCGGCAGCGGUGGCUCAGCCAGAUGUGGACGAUAGCUUUACGUUCUCGACAACCGUCACGGUGACGAGCGAGGGAGAACGACUUGGAGCUGCACAGGUUGUAGCUGACGCCUUGGCUCAAGCCGCCAAUGUUUCAUCGCUGGGGGAAGUCGAGCCUUGCAAGGCUGCUGCAACUGCGGGGCUAGAGAUCGUCUCCCCCUAUGAGAAAGUCCCCGAGACGUUUGAGUUUGAUGCAACCAAGGAGGCCAAAGAAGAAGAAGACGAAGAAGAAAGGGAGGAUUUGAUCAGUCGGUCUUCUUGGUAUAGUGCACCUCCAAAACCGUACAAAGCGGAGGUGUCGCCCUUUGGGCUGCUCUGGAUGGCUCUAGAUGAAUGGGUGUCGAGCGGCACGCUGGCUCACAUCUAUGGAAGAGAUGACGAAGAGUUUCGUGACGUGAACGGUAGAGUACCCGUGGAUGGUGAUGGUUCUUCAUCACCGGACAUACUGAGAACUAUAUCGAGCUGUGUGAGCAGGGUGCUUCCUGACGUUGUCCAGGCUCUGGCGAUCGCUGAACCUCUCUCUGUCAUCGAACGGGCUGUAGGACGCUUGCUGGGGACGAUGCAUUUCUCCCAGGCGCUUCCAGCGUUCACGACCAAGCACUGGCGGAUGAUCGCGGCGCUCUUCCUGGACGCGCUCUCUGUGCAUAGACUGCCCGGCUUGGGUGGUCAGAUGACCAACAAUCGAGCUCUUCUACGAAAGCUUAUCAUCGAUUCUGGAAUGAAUGAUCCAGAGUAUGAAAGUUUUAAGGAGCUUUUACUUCCUUUGGGCCGAUUGCCAGCCUUUGCGAGCGGCGGGGGAGGCUAAAGUUAGAAUAAUCUGCUACUUGCUUAAAAGAUUCCCGGACCAUGUACUUAAAAAGUGUGUAUAUAUAAAUCUCUUUUACUUGGGA